GUAAUCCAAACUGAACUGGAACAACUGAGACAAUUGGUAAUUGAUGAGAAGACACUGUGGAAAGAUAAGCAGGUCAAACUAAUCCUUGAAAGUAUCGAUGGAUUGAGGAAGGACUUGAAAGAUACACAUAAGACAGGGAAAGAGAAGCAAAUCAAAGAAAUGUAUGAAAAGCUUGAUGAGGUGCUGACGUUUUUGAAAGGCACAGACAUGACAGGGAUACAGAAGCAGAUGAAAGAAAUGCGUGAAAAGGUUGAUGAAUUGAAGUGUGGGAAAGAUGAAUUUAAGACAGACUGUUACCCACCACCCAUAGAAAACGCAGCCGAAGCUCUUGGUGAAGAAACUCGCCAAGUUGGUACGACUGGAAAUCACAAAGGGACGCAGAUUCAGGCGAACGAUGAGGAAAGCUGUUUUCUCCCUGGUUCGAAAACUCUUGAAAUAGCUACAGUCUCUAUGGGAGGCGAGAGCACUGCAAAUGGUGAACACAACCAGUUAAGUAGUCCCUCAUUGGAAGCUGCGGCUCUGUCGUCACCUGCAGCUCUGUCGUCACCUGCAGUAUUCCAGGGAGCACAAAUAGGCUGCAUCAAUAUUGAUAAAUUCUAUGUUUUUCAAGGUAAUGUGACCUUAACCGAGGAUGGUAAAUGUAACCAGGUUAUCAAAAGCCAUGAAGAGAAAUGAUUACGCAAAUUGACAUAGCUAGCAGGCGUAUAUACAUCGUUUUCAGUAUCGAAUAGUCCAUUUUACAGUUGCAUACUUGGUUGCCAAGCCUUUGAAUG